AUGGCCGAGCUAGCAACAAUCGCUACUGUCGUUCAGCUGGCCGACUUGGCCCUGCGGAUGAGCGGCGAAGUCUGCAAGUUUCUCGAUGCUUACAAGAGUACGGACCGCGAUGUGAAAUUGCUGCGGGAUGGUACGAUAUUAUUGCGUGAUGUUGAAGCCAAUGUGCGCAACUUGCGUGGAUACAUUGUACAGAUUCAAAAAUGCAAAGACGCAUUCGAGGAGUUCGAGAAUCUUUCUGAGACCAUCAUUGGGGCAUUGGAAGACUACGACGCCGAUAUCCUCGCUGUGAAAAAGCUUCUGCCUCCAAAGCCACUA